UAAGUCAGCCGCCAAUCCCUCAUUCUUCUCCUUCCUCUCUACGUACCACUAAAGGGCAGAACAAGCAGCAGUCGCGCCCAACGCCGGUCACGCCGGCUACCUUUACCGCCGCGUUUGCCAGUCGUCCGCCGCUCACCUGGUAAAGACCUACCGUAAGUCGGUAUAAAAGAAACCUUGUUUCUUUUCUACAUUAGUUUAUAAAGACCUAGUUUACAUUGUUACUGUAAAAACCCAACUAAAGUCUCAAACGGCGUCUGCUCUUCAAAGCUCAGUUGUUCCCUUCUGUUCCUCCAGCACGCCGGCUGUUGAAGAUCGAACAGUUGGAGUAGCUUGUCACAGCCAUGGCUCAGACCACAGAGGGUGCGUCCGAGUCAGUGAAGGUGGUCACCUUCAGUUUCAUGACUAACGAAGAGGUUCGUAAACAGAGCGUUGUAAAAGUUACUGCACCCAUAUUAUUAGAUGGUAUGGGCAGACCCGUAUCUGGUGGACUUUACGAUCCCGCAAUGGGUUCUUUAGAUGAGACAACACUUUGCAAAUCUUGCGGUCAAAGGCCUUUCUACUGCCCUGGUCAUUGUGGUCACAUUGAUCUUGUUUCACCUGUUUAUAAUCCUUUGCUGUUUGUUAUUCUCCAUAAUUUUCUUCGAUGUACUUGUUUCUCUUGCCACCAUUUUCGGGCUGGUGAAUCCAUGGUUGAAAAUUGUAAAACUCUACUGGAGCUUAUUUUGGAUGGUGAAAUUGCCAAGGCUAAAGAGUUGGAGGAAGAGUGGAUGAAUUCAAAGUCGCGAACUAAGUCUUCACAUUCAAUGUAUACCUAUGAAAGGAAGAACGGGCAACCAGAAACGUGGACUUCUCUUCAAUUUUCUGAAGCCAUUUCAGUUGUGACUAAAUUUUUGAAGCCCAAACAGAGUAACUGCAAAUAUUGUGGAGCCAAAAGUCCCAAGAUUACCAAACCUACUUUUGGUUGGUUUCACAUGAAGGGAUUGGCUGGAGUCCAGAAAAGGGCCAAUGCCAUUAGACGUAGCAAGCCUGUGAGUGUAAGUAGUGGAGCUGAAGGAGUAUCCUCACUUGAGGAAGAGACUACAACUGAGGCAACUGUAGAAGAUUUUGAGGAUGUUUCCCCUGAAGUUUUCAUGCAAAAGAACUUCUCCUCAGGACAUUUGCUGCCAUCUGAGGUUAAAGAUAUCCUGAAGCGUUUGUGGAAAAAUGAAGCUUUGCUUUGUUCCUUUAUUAGUGAUAUCAGUCAGCAGGGACAUGGAAAUAAAGCAGGCCAUUCCAUGUUUUUCUUAGAGUCUGUUCUAGUCCCUCCAAUUAAGUUCCGCCCCCCUGCCAAAGGAGGUGAUUCUGUAAUGGAGCAUCCUCAAACUGUUUUACUGAACAAGGUGCUGCAGUCCAAUAUAUCAUUAGGAAAUGGUCAUGCCAACAAAUCGGAACACUCGAAGAUAGUGAGGCUAUGGAUGGAUCUUCAACAAUCUAUCAAUAUUUUGUUUGAUAGCAAAUCUGCAGCUGGUCCCGGUAAAAAUGAUGCUUCUCUGGGAAUAUGUCAGCUAUUGGAGAAGAAGGAAGGCAUGUUUCGUCAAAAGAUGAUGGGAAAGAGGGUUAACUUUGCAUGCCGAUCUGUCAUUUCACCAGAUCCAUACUUAGCAGUUAAUGAAAUUGGAAUUCCUCCUUAUUUUGCAUUGAGAUUAACCUAUCCAGAGAGAGUUACGGCUUGGAAUGUUCAGAAGUUACGAAAUGCUAUAAUCAAUGGUCCUGAAACCCAUCCAGGAGCCACACAUUACAUUGAUAAGUUAGCGACAGUAAAGUUGAACUUGAAACCAAGUCGGAAGUCACGCAUUUCUAUCUCGAGGAAAUUGCCAUCCUCUCGUGGUGUGGUUGUGGAUCAAGGUUGUGAUGAUUAUGAAUUUGAAGGGAAAAUUGUGAAUCGUCAUCUACAAGAUGGAGAUAUUGUUCUUGUGAAUCGACAGCCGACACUUCACAAGCCAAGUAUAAUGGCUCAUGUUGUUCGUGUCUUGAAGGGUGAGAAAACAAUUCGUAUGCACUAUGCAAAUUGCAGUACGUAUAAUGCUGAUUUUGAUGGUGAUGAAAUGAACGUUCAUUUUCCUCAAGAUGAAAUUUCUCGUGCUGAAGCUUAUAACAUUGUAAAUGCAAAUAACCAAUAUGUCAAACCCACAAGUGGUGAACCCAUCAGAGCCUUAAUUCAGGACCACAUUAUAAGUGCUGUACUUCUCACGAAGAAGGAUACCUUUUUAAAUUUUGAUGAGUUUAGCCAGCUUCUCUAUAGUUCUGGCAUUUCAACGUCAAAAGCAUGUGCUUCUUCAGAGAAACCUGGGCAAAAGAUUUUCACUCUAGAUUUUGAUGCUGAGAUGCUACCUGUUCUUCCUGCAGUAUGGAAACCAGAGCCUCUUUGGACAGGAAAACAGGUUGUCACAGCCUUAUUGGAUCAUAUCACUCAAGGCUCCCCACCGUUUUUUGUGGAAAAAGAUGUGAAGAUUCCACGCGGUUUUUUUAAGUGCAGAGAUAUGGGAAAUAAUUCUUCCAAAGUUAAAAUGGUUGAUGGUGAUAAAUCAAAGAGAAAAAGAACUAUGAAUGAAAAUAAGUUGGAAAAGGGUGAAGUUCUUGAUGAAGGGAAUUCAAAGAAAAAAGAGCACACGAAAGUUGAUAAAUUGAAGGCAGCACGUUUGGAUGAUGAUAGCUUACUAAUAUUUAAAAAUGAAUUGGUGCGUGGUGUCAUAGAUAAGGCCCAAUUUGGUGAUUAUGGCUUAGUGCAUACAGUACAGGAGCUUUAUGGUUCAAAUACCGCUGGCCUGUUGCUUUCUGUGAUGAGUCGUUUGUUCACUGUUUUCCUUCAGACACAUGGGUUUACAUGUGGAGUAGAUGAUCUUUUGCUGAUAGAGUGCAUGGACAAGGAGAGAGAGAAGCAGCUCCAAAUCUGCGAGAAAAUUGGUGAACAGGUGCAUCUUGGAUUUCUUAAGGUCAAGGAUGGAGAAAAAUUAGACCCAAUGACAUUGCAGCUUAAUAUUGAGAAAACUAUUUCCUAUAAUGGAGAAGCUGCACUAACAUCACUGGAUAGAAAAAUGACCAGUCAACUUAAUGAAAGGACUGGAAACUCGAAGGUCCUCAAGGAUUUGCUGUCUGAAGGUUUGCUAAAACCCUCCGUAAAGAACUGCAUUUCUCUGAUGACGACUUCUGGGGCUAAAGGUGGUACGGCUAAUUUUCAACAAAUAUCUUCACAUUUAGGCCAGCAACAGUUAGAAGGUAAACGAGUUCCCAGAAUGGUCUCAGGAAAGACCUUACCCUGCUUUCCACCUUGGGAUUGGGCAUCACGAGCUGGAGGGUUCAUUGUUGAUCGCUUUCUUACUGGUCUUCGACCUCAAGAAUAUUACUUCCAUUGCAUGGCUGGUCGUGAAGGGUUGGUUGAUACAGCAGUUAAGACAUCUCGCAGUGGAUAUCUACAAAGAUGCCUGAUUAAAAAUUUGGAGUCUUUGAAAAUUUGUUAUGAUCACACUGUCCGUGAUGCUGAUGGCUCCGUGAUUCAAUUCCAAUAUGGCGAGGAUGGUGUAGACGUCCAUAAAACAGCCUUUAUUACAAAAUUUGAAGCACUUGCAGCUAACCAAGAUAUGCUUUACGAAAACAGUCAUCAUCAACUUGGCAAAUAUAAUGUAUUCAUCAAUGAGUUGCCUUCAGCUCUUCGAGAGAAAGGAGAGUUCAUAUAUAAUUCACUCUCGAAGGAUAAGGUUCCUGGUCUGGUACUAAAAGAAGACUUCAUUAGACUGUUGGAAAAUAAGUACCUAUCAAGUCUGGCACAGCCUGGAGAACCAGUUGGCGUACUUGCUGCACAGUCUAUUGGAGAGCCAUCAACACAGAUGACGUUGAACACAUUUCAUCAUGCUGGGCGUGGUGAGAUGAAUGUGACCCUUGGAAUUCCUCGCCUUCAGGAGAUCUUGAUGACUGCUUCACAAGAUAUUAAGACACCUAUUAUGACAUGCCCAUUGAAAGAGGGCUACUCGAUGGAUGUUGCAAAGGGUCUCGCUAAUAAGCUGAAGAAGAUUACAGUAGCUGACAUAAUAGAGAGUAUGAAUGUAACAGUUGUGCCAUUUUCUCAACGGAAGCGAGAGAUAUGCAGUAUUUACAAGCUUCGAAUUGAUUUUUAUCCACUUGAAAAUAAUGCACAACAUGGUCAUAUAUCUCCUGAAGAUUUGGAAAACACAUUAGAAACUGUGUUUCUUGAGGAGUUGGAAGGGUUGAUCGAAAGAGAAAUGGUUUUGCUUUCAAAAAUUAAUGGUAUAAAAAAUUUUGUUCCUGAUUCACAAUCAAAGGGUUCAAGUGAAGGAGACGAAGUAAGCAGUUCAAGACAGGAAGAAAAUGAUGAUGAUGAUGAUGAGGGUAAUGACUUAGAUGUUGCUGAAGAUCUUGGUUCCGACAUGAAAAAACAAAAACUUCAAGCUAAUGAUGAGAUGGAUUAUGAAGAUGAUUCAGAAGAUGAUCUUAAUGCUAAAGAAUCCUCAACAGGAUUUGAAAGUGAAGUUGAUCAAGGCGAUGAAGCUGAAAUAACAAAUAAUGAUAUGAUCGAAAUUGUGAAAGACAGUGCAUCUGAGAAUCAGCCCGAGAUAGUAGAUGUCUCAAAGUCCAUGUCGAAAGAGAAAACAACUGAAACAUCUAAAGAAAAGAAGAAAGUUAAAUCAGAGCUCGUCAGAAAGGAAACUGAUAGAUCAAUUUUUGUAGAAGCCAAGGAAAAUCAUUUUGAGGUUCAUUUUAAGUUUACGAAUGAACCUCAUACUUUACUGAGCCAGAUCGUUCAAAGAGCUGCCCAAAAGGUGUCGAUUCAGAGAUCAGGCAAAAUCAUCCAAUGCCAACAAAUUACAUGCAAGGAAGGUCAGGUAAUAUACCAUGGGAACAAUCUGAAGGAAAGAAAGAAUCUCAAACCAGAAGAGAAGGAAAAAAUUCCUGCACUACAGACCAGUGGGGUUGACUUCAAGACGCUAUGGGAGAUGCAAGAUGAGCUUGAUGUUAGAUAUAUAUAUUCCAAUGACAUCCAUGCCAUGCUUCAAACAUAUGGAGUGGAAGCUGCUAGGGCAACCAUAAUAAGAGAAAUUCAAAACAUUUUCACCUCAUAUGGAAUAUCUGUCAAUAUUCGACAUCUAUCUCUUGUUGCUGAUUAUAUGACUCAUUCUGGUGGGUACCGACCGAUGAGUCGACUAGGAGGCAUAUCCGAUUCGAUAUCUCCUUUUAGUCGAAUGACUUUUGAGACAGCUGGGAAGUUCAUUGUUCAAGCUGCAUUGCAUGGAGAGGUGGACAACUUGGAAACUCCAUCUUCUAGGAUCUGUCUUGGUUUGCCAGUAAAGAUGGGUACAGGUAGCUUUGAUUUGAUGCAGAAAAUUGAAGUCUGAUACUUUUUGUCUCAUUUCAUUUGGCAUUGCAUUAGGAGAGAGAGAGAGUUUGGAUGUAAAUUUUGGAUGAAACGAAAUUUUGUAUUAAUAGCUUACUGUUGUAUUAAUUAUAUAGAGCUUCAUAUGUAUAAAUUCUCUGUUAAGAAGUCUUAAGAAAAUGGCUUAGAAAUUUUGUCCCCUUGAGAAAUAUUUGAACAAACUAUUAAUUGAAUUCUUUCUUACAUUUUCUCCAAA